AGGUGUCACUACAGACUCUGGUUCGAUUCCCGGCUGUCCCAUAGCGCGGCGCACAAUUGGCCCAGCGUCGUCUGGGUUAGGUCGUCAUUGUAAAUAAUAAGUUGUUAUUCACGGACUUGCCUAGUUAAAGGUUAAAUAAAAUAAAGAAAAAUUCGUCCCAGCGCAGUGAAGCAUCGGUUGGUUACCGACAUGUCCCCCUUAACGCAACCGUUUUAUCAAAUUGAACAAGCUCCAAUAAAUGUUUUAUAUCAGCGGGUCUGUUUGGUAGGCAGUAUGUAGGGAAUAAACAGUUCCGUUAUUAAGGAAUAGUGCCAUUUCACCCACCAAAAGGGGUUGCCAUACAACAGGUAAAGUGAUUGAUAUCCCAUAUAAACAAAACCACAACAUUUAAAUACCAUUUUUAUAAUGGUGUUAUAACAAGAGUUGAUAUAUAGGCCUAGUCUAAUAUAAUUUUCUUCUAUGCUAUUUGUGUCGCUGUGGGUUUUUGGGGAGAUGAGAAAAGUGGUUGUCCGCCUCUAUAUUGAUGUUUACGGUAGUAGUGGUGCUGAUGCGGGCGGGGAAGUGGAAUGAGUCAGGUUCUGUGAUGCUGCUGCUAGCGCUGCCAUUUCAUCAACAGCAACAUUCAUUUCAUAACAUUUUGCGGCCUUCAAAAUCAGGAAACGAACCCGUCGAAUGUAUCACAUUCGAAACGAGUCUGGUUUUAGACAAUAGUGUAGACUUCCGUCUACAAAUAACAACCUUUUGUGGAGUAAAGCGUGCUGUGGAUUCUUCUCUUAGACCUAGGACGUUCGAGCCCGUUGUUAUCGUUAUAAACCGUAAUAAAGACACUAGACCCGUCGUUGGAUCUCUCCAGGGGAAUUGUAAAACUGUGGUUUUAUGUGUCGCUGUAAGAACUUUUUUCGGCGUUUGUUCUACGAAAGAGGAGACGAGCUUCUCGAAACGAUGGAACCUGCAGCAUUCGGGUUCUGAACGCCGCAACUAAACAACAAGCUAGACAGUAGUCACCAUGGAGGCGAUAUGGCUGUACCAGUUCCGACUCAUCGUCAUUGGGGACUCGACGGUGGGGAAAUCGUGUUUGAUCCGGCGGUUCACAGAGGGACGCUUCGCCCAGGUGAGCGACCCCACGGUCGGCGUAGAUUUCUUCUCUCGCCUGGUGGAGAUCGAGCCGGGGAAACGGAUCAAGCUACAGAUCUGGGAUACUGCGGGACAGGAGCGGUUCAGGUCCAUCACAAGAGCCUACUAUCGUAACUCGGUGGGCGGGCUCCUGCUGUUUGACAUCACAAACCGUCGCUCCUUCCAGAACGUUCAUGAUUGGCUAGAGGAGGCCCGGAGUCACGUCCAACCACACAGCAUCGUGUUCCUAUUGGUCGGACACAAGUGUGACCUGGAGCCUCAGCGUCAGGUGACUCGUCAGGAAGCUGAGAAACUCGCCGGCGCCUACGGGAUGCGUUACGUAGAAACCUCGGCCCGCGACGCCAUCAAUGUGGAGCACGCCUUCACGGAGCUGACCAGGGACAUCUUCCACCUGGUAAGGAGCGGUGACAUCACUAUCCAGGAGGGUUGGGAAGGGGUGAAGAGCGGCUUCGUCCCCAACGUGGUCCACUCCUCCGAGGAGGUCACCAAGAGUGACCGGCGGUGCCUCUGCUGAUCUGGAGGGAUCACUAGAGAGAUCUCUGACUCAAGCCUGGUUUCACCUAGGUCCUCCUGGAUCCAUUUCAGCUCUAGUUUAGCAAUUUCCCUCUGCUGAUCUGCAUCAGGAUGGAGGGAUCUUACCCACAACUACACUACAUGGUCAAAAGUAUGUGGACACAUCAAAUUAGUGGAUUUUGCUAUUUCAGCCACACCGGUUGAUGACAGGUGUAUAAAAUCGAGCACACCGCCAUGCAAUCUCCAUAGACAAACAUUGGCAGUAGAAUGGCCCGUACCGAACAGCUCAGUGACUUUCAAUGUGGCACCAUCAUAGGAUGCCACCUUUCCAACAAGUCAGUUUGUCAGAUUUCUGCCCUGCAAGAGCUGCUCCAGUCAACUGUAAGUGCUGUUAUUCUGAAGUGGAAACAUCUAGGAGCAACAGCGGCCCAGCUGCGAAGUGGUAGGCCACACAAGCGCACAGGUUGUCGAGAUCGGUGUGGAAGAACUUGACUGGCCUGCAUAGAGCCCUGACUUCAACCCCAUCAAACACCUUUGGGAUGAAUUGGAAUGCCGAGUGUGAGCCAGGCCUAAUCGCCCAACAUCAGUGCCCAACCUCACUCAUGCUCGUGGCUGAAUGGAAGCAAGUCCCUGCAUCAAUGUUCCAACAUCUAGUGGAAAGCCUUCCAGGAAGAGUGGAGGCUGUUCUAGCAUCAAAGGGCAAACCAACUCCAUAUUAAUGCCCAUGAUUUUGGAAUGAGAUGUUUGAUUAGCAGGUGUCCACAGACUUUUGGCCAUGUAGUAUAGAUCCCUGGUUUCCCCAUCUCCUUUCUUCCAAUAUGCAAUCCCAUAACACAAUUUAUACAGCCAGAAGGCAUCACACACCAUGGUUGGGCAAGGUUUAGCCAAAACGACAUUCUAUUUGACUCAGUUUAAAGGAGACUAAGAUGGAGGGGGCUCUCAGUCUCUCCCCUCCCCCCCAAAGGAAACUAAAUCUGGUCUCAAAAACUCUGUGGUUCUCUACUUUUUUCCCCCACUCAUCAUCCAACGACCACUGUACAAUCCCUAUCCAACACCAUAAUGGGCUUUAUGGACCCUGUGGACAGGGAUGUAAGGGAACGACUGUUUGACUGACAGUACAGGUGGACAAAGUGACUCCAGGGACGUAUUCACUUCACAUCAAACGGAGGAAAUGGACAGAACAGGAAGGGACAACCUGAACCAAUAAGAAACUUUUUUUUUUUAUAGCAAAACAUUACUUUAUUUUUUCUUAAUGGUGUGCACUAAUGAAUACGACCCAGUAAAAGGUGGACUAUAAGGGGAUAUUAGGCAUCCCUGAGUACCGGUACAUUACCUGUUCCUCUUUGCAAGAAUCCAAAUCCCUGAGGAGGGUCAAACUGACAACAGAGGAGGACUAUUUAUUUGAGUACGUUUGAACAAUGUCUCUGGAACUUGUCCUAGUGAUUCUGGAAUCUAGUGGAGGAACCCAUGGUAACAGUGGAGAGACAGCUAGGAGAACAUACUCUAAAAACACCAUAACUUGUCCUAGUGAUUCUGGAAUCUAGCGGAGGAACCCAUGGUAACAGUGGAGAGACAGCUAGGAGAACAUACUCUAAAAACACCAUAACUACCUAGAAUUCCACACCUCUACAACUCUAUAGACACAAGUAUGGCAACAGACAUGUGCAUUCAAUAUCUCAAACCAGUAUAGAAAUAAGGACACUCAUUCCAAAAAUGAAAUCACAUUUUGUUAAUGACUAAGACGAUGUAACAAUAACCUUUUCUGGUUUGGUAACUGAAACAUGAAAUGGUUUGGGCACAAUAGGUGGAGGGACAGAACUUGCUGUGUUAUAACAAAUGGUGUCCUACAUUUUAUUUUCAGUUGAAGAUGUUUUGUACCCACUGUGUUCAAAGGUCAAUUUCUUUCUCAUCAGAAAAAAACUAUGAUUCCUUCGUCUCUAGUGAUGAGAUUGAAAUAAGAUUUGAAUAAUGUGAUAAGGUUAUUUGUUUUGGAUAGGGGAAGCACCAUUGCCUUCCUCUGAAUGGGCGAGUGUAUACUACUGAUGAACUGAUAUCGUCCACCUUUUCCAAAGAGUGAUGCAUUAUCGUAUGUCAAUCUAACAUUUCAGGGCCAGGGGAGCUGGGGUGACUGUGUACAUCUAUCAUGUAGGAUUACCCUUGACAAGGAAGAGUGGAUGGUAAACGUUCUCAAUCAUCAAAUCUGGGACCAUUUUGCAGAGUCUUGACAAGGGACUUUUCGCUCCUUUACGACUUGGAUCACGAAUGGACUUCUUUGGGUUACUAUGUGCUUUUCCCAGUUUUGUGGACAUUCUGGUUCUAGAACAGAAUCUUGGACAUCAUGAUGUUC